UUUUCAUGACAAUGGCAUCAAAUAACGAUAAAAGGCCUAGAACAUUGGUCAUUGAUGAAGAUGACGGUCGAUACACCUGCAUUUUCCAUCGGCAGUGAUUAAAAGAAGUACGCUGGAAUUAUUUAGCUUCUAAAAAAUGGGGAAGAAGAAGGACGUGGCCUCCUUGAAAGGAGAUAUCGAGAUUACAGAGCACACCCUUCCCCUGGACGACCUGUGCCGUCAGUUGAGGACGUGUCCACUCAAAGGGUUAAGCCAUGCCUGGGCGAAAGUUAUGUCUGAGAAGGAAGGGCCAAAUCGCUUGACUCCCCCAAAGACAACGCCUCAAUGGGUCAUUUUCAUCCGCAAUGUGUUCAGCUACUUUGGAAUCCUGCUCUGGAUUGGUGCCAUUCUCUGCUUCAUUGCUUAUGCAAUUCAAGCGUCGAGCUCAGAGACAGCGUCAAAGGAUAACCUUUGGCUCGGUCUCGUCCUUACAAUCGUGGUGCUCAUCACUGGUAUAUUUUCAUUCUACCAAGAAUCCAAGAGUUCUGCCAUUAUGGAAUCUUUCAAAGAUCUCGUCCCUCAAUACGCCCGAGUGAUCAGAGAAGGACAACGCCUCACGCUAAAGGCGGAAGAAGUGACAAUUGGCGACUUGGUGGAAGUGCAGCUGGGUGACAGAAUCCCGGCCGACAUACGAAUUGUCGAAGCAAAAUCUUUCAAAGUAGACAACUCCUCGUUGACUGGAGAAAGUGAGGCUCAGUCAAGAGGACCAGAUUGCACCAAUGAGAAUCCGUUAGAGACAAAGAAUCUUGCUUUUUUUUCCACGAAUGCUGUUGAAGGAACUGCGAAGGGAAUAGUUAUCCGAAUUGGUGACAAUACAGUGAUGGGAAGGAUUGCGGGCCUCGUAUCUGGUCUCGACUCUGGAGAAACACCAAUAGCCAAAGAAAUUGCCCACUUUAUCCACAUCAUCACCGUCGUUGCGUUUGGUCUCGCCCUCGCCUUGCUCGCAGCCGCCAUUGCACUUCGCUAUCACUGGCUGGACGGGGUCAUUUUCUUUAUCGGGAUCAUCGUGGCCUGGGUGCCUGAAGGUCUCUUGGCUACGGUCACCGUUUGUCUGACACUCACAGCGAAACGGAUGGCGAAAAAGAAUUGUCUGGUGAAAAACCUGGAAGCCGUCGAAACCUUGGGCUCCACCUCCGCAAUCUGUUCCGAUAAGACGGGCACCUUAACUCAAAACCGGAUGACCGUGUCACACCUCUGGGUUGAAGGUGGGAUUGUGGAUGCAAAACUUAACGAUGACUGCACCAGCGUGGGCGUUGCAGGAUACAAUAAACGCGACGGAUACCAGAAACUCGUGAGGAUUGCGGCACUCUGCAGCACGGCUGAAUUCAAGGGGGGUCAGGACAGCAGUGUUCCCGUGAUGAAAAGGGAUGUCGCUGGAGAUGCAUCGGAGGCAGCAAUACUCAAAUUUGUGGAAUUGGCAGAAGGAAGUGCUGCCAAAAUUCGGGAAAGAUUUCCCAAAAUUUGCGAGAUCCCCUUCAACUCAAGCGACAAGUUUCAGCUAUCCAUUCAUGCGAACAAUAUGACGGAUAAGGGGUGUCACUUACUCGUUAUGAAGGGUGCACCAGAGCGAAUAUUAGAAAGGUGUUCAACAAUAAUGACAAACCAGGGAGAGGUAGCCAUGAACGACAAGGCCCUUGAUGCUUUCCACGAUGCAUAUCUAGAACUGGGAUCUUUGGGAGAGAGGGUAUUAGGUUUCUGCGAUCUACCCUUGCCAUCAUGUGACUACCCAAUAGGCUACAAUUUCAACUCAGAGGAGCCCAACUUUCCUUUAACUGAACUGAGAUUUGUGGGGUUAAUUUCAAUGUUGGACCCUCCUCGGCCCACAGUUCCCGACGCUGUGGCCAAGUGCCGAUCUGCCGGCGUUCGUGUAAUCAUGGUCACUGGAGAUCACCCCAUAACAGCCAAAGCGAUUGCAAAAUCCGUUGGAAUAAUUUCCCCGGAGAACGAAACAAUUGAAGACAUUGCCAACAGGUUGGGUGUUCCAUUGUCCGAAGUGUCCCCAGAAUCCGCGUCCGCCGCCGUCGUUCAUGGAGGAGAGCUGAAAGAAUUGAGUGAAACGGAGUUGGACAAUGUGCUGAGAAAUUACAGCGAGAUAGUUUUUGCUCGGACUUCUCCCCAACAAAAAUUGCAAAUUGUGGAGGCUUUGCAGAAGCAGGGCGCCAUUGUGGCUGUGACAGGAGAUGGCGUUAAUGACUCGCCAGCCUUAAAGAAAGCUGAUAUCGGCGUGGCGAUGGGAAUCACGGGCUCUGACGUUUCUAAACAGGCCGCAGAUAUGAUUCUGCUGGAUGACAAUUUCUCAACAAUCGUAGCGGGUGUCGAGGAAGGACGUUUGAUCUUCGAUAAUUUAAAGAAAUCUAUAGCUUAUACGCUAACGUCGAAGAUUCCAGAAGUGUCGCCGUUCCUCUUCUUUAUCCUUUUUGACAUUCCCUUAGCUCUCGGCUCCGUCACAAUUCUUUGCAUUGACCUUGGCACCGAUAUGGUCCCUGCAAUAUCGCUCGCGUAUGAGAAAUCCGAAUCUGACAUAAUGCUGCGAUCGCCACGUGAUCCGAAACGAGAUCGGCUGGUUAACGAACGGCUCAUUUCCGUUGCGUACGGACAAGUCGGGAUGAUACAGGCAGUGGCAGGUUUUUUCGUGUACUUUAUCAUCAUGGCAGAAAAUGGAUUUCUCCCUCAGGAUCUGUACGGAAUUCGACCCCGAUGGGAAAGCCGAGCGGUCAAUGAUUUAGAAGAUUCAUAUGGUCAGGAAUGGACAUACGUUGCGAGAAAAAAAUUAGAAUACACUUGUCAUACAGCUUUCUUUGUGGCCAUAGUCAUCGUUCAGUGGGCGGAUGUCAUCAUUUGUAAAACAAGGCGCUUGUCGCUUUGGGACCAAGGAAUGGGUAACUGGGUUCUGAAUUUUGGACUUGUUUUCGAAACUGCCGUUGCGGCCUUUCUUAGCUACACCCCCGGAAUGGACGUCGCACUAAGAAUGCAACCCUUAAAAUUUGUAUGGUGGCUGCCUCCUCUUCCCUUCGCAGUACUCAUUAUGCUCUACGACGAAGUAAGACGAUGGCUUAUACGGCGUCAACCAGGUGGAUGGGUCGAAAUGGAAACAUAUUACUAACACACCCUUAUUCUAUAUAAGAAAUUAAUAAAAAUCAAACCAACCCAA